AGUCGCGUUCACGGACAGCAAACAGUUAAACUCUAGAAAGGUGCUGGAGAAUAGGGGGAGGGGAAGGUGUCUCACUUUAUUAUUCUAAACAGAGCCCGUGAUUAAAUGGUGCGGCUGGAGUCCCUGCUUGGCAUUUCCCGAAAAGCUUGGAUUCUGUCUGUCUCCUAAACUCUCCAAGAGUUCAUAUUCUAGACACUUGGCUGCCAUGUGGUGAUGUUAAGAGUGGUGGAACCCUAGAGGAAGUGGGCAACAUGAUCAAGAGAGAGAUAAGUGUGCGCCAACAAACUUGUGCUUUAUUACAGAAGAACCUUCUUAAGAAAUGGAGACUGAAAAGGGAGUCCUUGAUGGAGUGGGUGAGCUCCUUGCUCCUUCUGCUUUUCUUGUAUUGGUAUCCCCAUGGUCAUGGAGCUACUGACCUGUCUUCAGUGCCCACCAAGGAUCUGGGACGAGUCGAUUCUUUCAGACAAUCUGGGUUCAUGAUAGGGUACACGCCUGUCACCAGCAUGACACAACAGAUAAUGGAGAAGGUAGCUGCAACCCCUUUCAUGGCAGAUAAAAAAGUCUUGGGACUGUUGGAUGAAGAAAAUAUCAAGGAAUUAACAGAAAGUCAUGCAGAAAUAAUAAGAGUCAUUUUUUCUGACACAUUCUCAUACCAUCUGAAAUUCCAGUUUGAUCAGAGAAUCCCAACGUCGAGGGAACUCAGAGACCAUAAUGCUCAUUGUGAUGGACUGUAUGAAGAUGUCAACUGUCUGAUAGCCAUAUUCUGGAAGGAAGGAUUUGUGGCUCUUCAAGCUGCCAUCAAUGCUGCCAUCAUAGAAACCACAACAAACCAUUCAGUGAUGGAGGAACUGCUAUCAGUGUCAGGGAAAUUCAUGAAGAUCCAUCCUUUUGUCCGUCAAGAAGGAAUUCUGACUGAUUUCUUUAUUUUCACCUGCAUCAUUUCCUUCUCCCCAAUCACCUAUUAUGUGUCAAUCAAUGUUGCAAGAGAGAGGAAAAGGAUGAAGGGCUUGAUGAUGAUGAUGGGCCUUCGAGAUCCAGCAUUCUGGCUAUCUUGGGGUCUGCUCUAUGCUGGCUUUGUCUUCAUUAUGGCUCUAUCCCUGGCACUUGUUAUCAAAUCUGUCCAGUUUUUUAUUCUAACCAGCUUCAUGGUGGUCUUUAGCCUCUUCCUCCUUUAUGGAUUAUCUAUGAUCACUUUGGCUUUCCUAAUGAGUGCCUUGGUGAGGAAGUCUGUCCUCACUGGCCUGUCUGUGUUUCUUCUCACCAUCUUCUGGGGAAGUCUAGGCUUCACAUCCCUGUACAGAUACCUCCCUGCACCUGUGGAAUGGACUCUCAGUCUCUUUAGCCCCUUUGCCUUCACACUAGGAAUGGCCCAGCUCUUACGUGUGGAUUAUGAUUUAAAUUCUAAUGCACCCCCUGAUCCAGCCAGUGGCUCAAAUCUGAUUAUAGCAACCAAUUUCAUGCUGGUAUUUGAUGCGUUUUUGUAUCUGGCCCUGAUGAUGUACUUCGAAAAAGUUCUGCCAAAUGAAUACGGACAUCAGCACUCUCCCCUGUUUUUCCUGAAAUCUUCAUUUUGGCUACAAACACGAAAGCCUGCUCAUGUGAUUCUUGAAGAUGGAAUAGACCCCGUUCCUUCAUCAGGUGACUCGUUUGAACCGGUGUCCCCAGAAUUCCACGGGAAAGAAUCCAUCAGAAUCAGAAAUAUUUCAAAAGAAUACAAAGGAAAGCCCAAUAAAAUAGAAGCCUUAAAAGACCUGACGUUGGACAUAUAUGAAGGCCAAAUCACAGCAGUACUUGGUCACAGUGGAGCUGGGAAAUCAACACUGUUAAAUAUUCUUAGCGGAUUAUCUGUUCCUACUAAAGGUUCUGUCACCAUCUAUAAUAAUAACUUAUCAGAAAUGGCUGACCUUGAAAACAUCUUGAGGAUUGCUGGAGUUUGUCCACAAGCCAAUGUUCAAUUUGACUUCCUUACUGUGAGAGAAAACCUCAGGCUUUUUGCUAAAAUAAGAGGAAUUCCACCCCAAGAUGUGGAGAAAGAGGUGCAAAGGGUUUUGCUAGAAUUGGAAAUGAAAAAUAUCCAAAAUAUCCUUGCUCAAAACCUAAGUGGGGGACAGAAGAGAAAGCUGACUUUUGGAAUCGCCAUUUUAGGAGAUUCUCAGAUUUUCCUACUGGAUGAGCCCACCGCUGGCCUGGAUCCCUUUUCAAGGCACCGGGUGUGGAAUCUCCUGAAGGAGCGCAGAGCAGACCGUGUGGUCCUCUUCAGCACGCAGUUCAUGGAUGAGGCUGACAUCCUGGCUGAUAGGAAAGUGUUCAUCUCCAAUGGGAGGCUGAAGUGUGCAGGAUCAUCGCUCUUUCUGAAGAAGAAAUGGGGAGUUGGGUAUCACUUAAGUUUGCAGCUGAAAGAAGUCUGUGUUCCAGAAAACAUCACAUCGCUUGUUAAACAGCACAUCCCUGCAGCCAAGCUAUCAGCUGAAGGGGAAGGAAAGCUUCUCUAUACAUUACCCUUAGAAACAACUUAUAGAUUUCCAGAGCUUUGCCAGAGUCUUGACAGCUGUCCUGGACUGGGAAUUGAAAACUAUGGUGUUUCCAUGACAACUUUGAAUGAGGUGUUCCUGAAGCUAGAAGGAAAAGCAUCAAUUGAUGAACCAGAGGUUGACAUCGUGGGAGAAGGACAAACAGAGAGAUCUGGGGACACAGAAAGGCUUAUGGAGAUGGAGCAAACUCUCUCUUCACUUAGGGAAACAGAGAAGACAGACGGCAUGGCACUCUGGAGGCAGCAAACCUGUGCGAUCGCAAAGGUUCGCCUGUUGAAGUUAAAGCACGAAAGGAAAACACUUUUAUCUGUGCUCUUGAUACUGGUAGUCGGCAUCUGUCCUUUUCUUUUUGAAAAUAUCUCAACGAAAAUACGUCAAAGCUCUUACACUUGGGAACUUUCCCCACACGAUUACUUCCUUGCUCCGGGACAACAGCCCCAGGGCAUGCUCACUCAGUUAUUGAUCAUUAAUAAGACAGAGGCAAGCAUUGACGACUUUAUCCAUUCUGUGGAACGCCAGAACAUAGCUUUGGAAGUCGAUGCUUCUGGAACCAGAGAUGGUACAGAUGACCCAUCCUACAAUGGAGCCCUUAUAGUGUCUGGCAAUGAGAAGAACCACAGCUUUUCGUUUGCAUGCAACACCAAGAGACUGAACUGCUUCCCAGUUCUGAUGGACAUCCUGAGCAACGGGCUACUUGGAAUGGUUAAACCGUCAGCCCGCAUCCAAACCGACAGAAGCACAUAUCUCAUGGAUGAAACUAUUCAUCCUUUAGAAGACCUAUGGAAGACUGCAUUCUGGCUGAUUCUGACCUCCGCUUGCCCUCCUUAUAUUGCCAUGAGCAGUGUCACAGAUUAUAAGAACAGAGCUUGGUUCCAGCUGCGGGUCUCCGGCCUCUUCCCUUCGGCUUACUGGGUCGGGCAGGCAAUGGUGGACAUUCCCCUGUACUGCUUUGUCUUCCUCUUCAUGUCGUUAAUGGACUACCUUUUUCGCUUCCCAGAUACCAUGUUUUCUAUUAUAAGCCACGUCAUACAAAUCCCGUGUUCUGUUGGCUAUGCCAUAUCCCUGAUCUUCUUAACAUACGUGAUUUCGUUCAUUUCUCGCAAGGGGAAAAAAAACAGCGGCAUUUGGUCACUUAGCUUCUAUAUCAUCACUGUGUUCUCAGUGGCUGUAAUAUUGCUGGCUUUUGAUGUGGAUGGUACACAGUACUACAUCAUCUUUUUGAUACCACCGUCCACUCUGGUUGGAUGCUUGAUCUUGUCUUUGCAUCUUUUCAUAGGUCAAAUCUUUGAAGAAGGACAAGUUAUAGAGCCAUUCCUGGUAUUCCUCAUUCCUUUCCUUCAUGUUUUCAUUUUUAUUUUUACCCUUCGAUGUCUGGAAUGGAAGUUUGGAAAGAAAACAAUGAGGAAAGAUCCCAUCUUUAGAAUUUCUCCAAGAAACAAUGAUGUGUAUCAAAACCCAGAAGAGCCAGAAGAUGAGGAUGAAGAUGUUCAAAUGGAGAGAAUGAGAACAGCGAAUGCCUUGGUAUCCACCAGUUUUGAUGAGAAGCCAGUCAUCAUUGCCAGCUGCCUACGCAAAGAAUAUGCAGGGAAGCAGAAGCAUUGCCUUUCCAAGAAGAAGGCCAAGAUAGCCACUAGGAAUGUCUCGUUUUGUGUCAGGAAAGGUGAGAUUCUAGGAUUGUUGGGACACAAUGGAGCUGGCAAAAGUACAUCUCUUAAAAUGAUAAGUGGAGACACAAAAGUCACAGCUGGGCAGGUGUUACUGAAAGGGAGCAGAGAAGGGGACACCCCGGGGUUCCUGGGGUACUGUCCUCAGGAGAAUGCUCUGUGGCCCAACCUCACUGUGAAGGAGCACCUGGAGAUAUUUGCUGCAGUGAGGGGCUUGCGCAAAAGUCACGCUGCAGUCGCCAUCACAAGGUUGGCAGAUGCGCUCAAGCUGCAGGACCAGCUGAAGUCUCCUGUGAAGACGCUGUCAGAGGGAGUGAAGAGAAAGCUGUGCUUCGUGCUGAGCAUCCUGGGGAACCCAUCUAUAUUGCUUCUAGAUGAGCCGUCCACUGGGCUGGAUCCUGAGGGGCAGCAGCAAAUAUGGCAAGCAAUCAGGGCCAUCAUAAAAAAUACAGACAGGGGUGCCCUGCUGACCACCCAUUACAUGGCAGAGGCUGAGGCUCUGUGUGACCGAGUGGCCAUCCUGGUGUCUGGAAGGCUGAGGUGUAUUGGAUCCAUCCAACAUCUCAAAAGCAAAUUUGGCAAAGAUUACCUGCUGGAGAUGAAGGUGAAGACCCUCGAGCAGGUGGAGCCCCUCAAUACGGAGAUCCUCAGGCUUUUUCCCCAGGCUUCUAGGCAGGAACGGUACUCUUCUCUGAUGGCUUACAAAUUACCAGUGGAAGCUGUACAGCCUUUAUCCCAAGCUUUCUUCAAGUUAGAGAAAGUUAAGCAGACCUUUGACCUGGAGGAGUACAGCCUCUCUCAGUCUACCCUGGAGCAGGUCUUCCUAGAGCUCUCCAAGGAGCAGGAGCUGGAUGGCCUUGAAUUAGAAGAAUUAGACUCCUCCAUAAAGUGGAAGCUCCUCCCACAGGAAGAGGCUUAAGCCAAAAAUAUCUCUCCUCUUCCUUCAUAAGACUGUGUUGUUCCUUAAAGACAUCUAUUUUUAUGAAAUAUUUUAGUACCUAUAUUAUAAAUACUAUGAUGUUCCUCGGGGAUUGGAGAACAGGGGUGAGUACCGUAUAGAGGCUGGACCACAGGGAACCUUGUCUAGCCUUCUCCACAUCCCUUUAGGACACUUAUAGCCAUAGUUCUGUAGAAUGUUGAAUAAACAGUUACUUUUAUACAAUUAUUUCCAUUUCUGAGUAUGAUAUACUUAGUUAAAAUAUUUUAGAUAAUUUUUUGUAUCAAAACCGUAGGCUUAGAUUUUUCAAAACCAACUUUAAUAAGGGUUCUUAAGUUCUUCAACCUCUCUUCUAGCUCACCAACCAAAGGUAGGAAAGAAGAAAAGUUAAUAGGAAAUGAGGGAUGUGAAUAUCAUUUGGAAGUAGUGCUUUGGGGCAGUUCCAAACAUGAAUCAGUAGCAGCUGUCCAGUGCAAUCACAAACACCAAACACAAAUCAGUAGCAGGAGGCUCAAUCCAGAAGAAACCUUGAGGAUCCACCAAAUAGGUAUGAGCCCACAGAAUGUCAGGAGCCAUCACAGGACAAGCUAAUAACUAGCAGGUGAUCUUCCUGAGAUGACUGCCUUAGAUUAAAAUUUAUGACGGAACUUCAAUAGGCAAGGCCCAGGAGAAAGUCGUUUUAGGAAAGAUUCCUGCUAUUAAUAUGCUUUUCCUAUUAUUAUUAUUAUUAUUAUUAUUAUUAUUAUUAUUAUAUACAUAUGACCAUCGCUAGGUAUUAGUCCACCCUUUUGAGCAGAUCUCUGCAGAUCUACAAAGAUGUACUGUCUUGUACUGAUGCUAUGUAGACAAAUAGAUGGCUUCUUAAUUCUUAAUGGUGAUCCUAUAAGAAUUUCUAAAAUUAUAUCAGUAUUUAUUAAGCUCUUAUAUAGUGGGACUGCUAUUAGGUCCUUUUCUGAUAGUCAAAACUGCAAUGAGAACUCUGCCAGUCUCCCACGUGUCACCAGUUAAUUGCCUCUUAGAUGGUAAAAAGACUUUCUACUACUCAGAGCACAUUCCAAGAGGUUGUAAAACAAUUAACCGAAGGUCAUAAAAAGAGAACUAACGAUUUAUUAUAGGUGCUAGGAGCUGUGACUGGUGAUGGAUGCUUAGCUAGAUAGUUACUCCUAGUGGAUAUGCAUGUAAACAUUCUCUGUUGUAAACUUCUAUUUCAGUUUAUGAUUUGAAUUUUUGUGUAAACUUGUAAUGAACUUUUUACCAUGUGAUCAUGUAUUCUGAACGAUGUAUAAGUGCUGAGGACAAAGAGAAGAGACAGAACUGAGCUGAGGACAGAACUGAGCUGAGGACAGAACUGAGCUGAGGACAGAACUGAGCUGAGGACAGAACUGAGCUGAGGAGAACUUUUUAGACAGAAGACUUUUUAGAAAGAUCUGAACAGAAUUUUUAGAAUAGAACUGAGGGGUUUGUUUUGUUUUGUUUUGUUUUUAAAGUCAGGACACAAAAGAACUUUAUAGAAAGAUUUCAACUCAAAAAGAGCAUAGAAGUAAAGAAAGGCACACCUUUGGGAGAAAGGGCAUUGAGAGUAAGAGCAUUAUUGUGAUAUCAGAGUAGGAGGAAAGAGCAAAAUUAUAAGGAGAAUGAACAGUGGAAUAACUUAGAAACCAUAGGUUACAAACUAAGAAAGCAAUGUGAAGAAUUCAGAGGGAAAGAGGGAAUAAGAAGAAGCUGUAGAGAAAGCAGAAGGGGCAGGCAAGCUUUUCCUUAUCAUGGGACAGAACAGGUCUUUUCUUAAUAACAAGCCAGGCUUAGUCUUAUUAAAAGGAACCAAGCUCUCUUCUUACAAACUUGAGUUUAAUUCACUUAGCAUCAAAAGGUAGAAACUGUUUUGUUCGCUAUACAAUAAAGAUUGGAGUUCAUUUUUCAUCCAGAAUGAGUGAAUUCUUUCUGCACUGCUGUUUAGUCUUUUGCUCCAAAUGCAUAUGUAAGCAUGAAUGUGUGUGUAUAAGUAUGCAGUUGUGAGAAUGUAUGCAAACUAAGCCCAACUGGUUUGAAUGGAAAUGUAUAAAUAUUCAUGCAUGAAUCUGUAUGUGAAUCUAUGUGUGUUUAUGCAUAUUUGCUUCUGUAAAAGUUUUUUUCUUCAGCAAGUGAUAUCUUUUAUGUUUCAAUAGAAGUCUAUUGUUCCAAACUUCCCCCUAGCCUGACAAGUGAGAGGCAUCUGGACAAAAAUGGAAAAGGCUCUAGCAAUUAAUCCUUUAUUUAAUCUCCUGCUGUUUUUUUUAAUAAAACAACAUAUUAAUGUUCUUAA